GGUUUUGCUUUUCCUUCACCCUGCUUCUCUUCGGGCCUCUCUUGCCCAAUCCACUCCCUCUCGCUGCUCCCCAAGAGAUCGGGGAGAUGGCCACCGGCAUACCGUCUGCUCCACCAGCUCCUCGUCUUCUUCCUCCAAACGCGGUCACUCUCCGAGACCUCAGCGGAUCGCUUGCCAUCGUCGGUUUUUCCAAUGCGCCCUUUGCCGGCGGCGUCUCUUAUCCAUUCGCUCACAGUAGUCGUCUGGCGAAGCAGUUGAGGUCAUCGCGUUCAACGGCUAUCCGGUGCUCGGCAACGCCCACCACCACGCACGAAGCCUCGGUAUCAAAGAAGAAAUCAACAACAAGAAGAGAUGUAAGGAAUAUAGCAAUUGUUGCUCAUGUUGAUCACGGGAAGACUACCUUGGUGGAUGCAAUGCUAAGGCAAGCUAAGGUCUUUCGUGAUAACCAAAUUGUACAAGAGAGAAUAAUGGACUCAAAUGAUCUAGAACGGGAAAGGGGAAUUACAAUACUUAGCAAAAAUACAUCAAUUUCCUACAAGGGUACUAAGAUAAACAUAAUUGACACUCCAGGACAUUCUGAUUUUGGCGGUGAAGUGGAACGGGUUCUGAACAUGGUUGAAGGCGUUCUUCUUGUGGUAGACUCAGUAGAGGGCCCUAUGCCACAAACAAGAUUUGUAUUGAAGAAAGCUUUAGCAUUUGGUCAUGCUGUUGUUGUAGUCGUGAAUAAGAUUGAUAGGCCCUCAGCUCGCCCAGACUUCGUGAUAAAUUCCACAUUUGAACUUUUUAUUGAAUUAAAUGCAACUGAUGAACAGUGUGACUUCCAAGUGAUUUAUGCAAGUGGCAUUAAGGGGAAGGCAGGAUUAUCUCCAGACAAUCUUGCUGAUGAUCUUGGGCCACUUUUUGAGGCUAUUCUUAGAUGCAUACCAGAGCCCAGUAUUAACAGAGCUGGUCCAAUGCAAAUGCUUGUAUCAAACACUGAAUAUGAUGAACAUAAAGGUAAAAUAGCAAUUGGGAGAUUGCAUGCUGGUGUGUUGCAAAAAAGCAUGGAAGUGAGGGUAUGCACUUCAGAUGACACAUGCAGAUUUUCAAAAAUCAGUGAGCUAUUUGUUUAUGAGAAUUUCAGCAGAGUUCCAACUGAAGAAGUGCAGGCUGGUGAUAUAUGUGCUGUUUGUGGUAUUAAUGAUAUUAUGAUUGGCGAAACAAUAGCUGACAAAAGCUUGGGGAAAGCAUUACCUACCAUUAGGGUGGAAGAGCCAACUGUCAGAAUGUCAUUCUCUAUCAACACUUCACCUUUUGUUGGCCGGGAGGGAAAAUAUGUAACAAGUCGGAAUCUCCGGGAUCGACUCUAUCGUGAACUUGAAAGAAACUUAGCUAUGAAAGUAGAAGAUGGUGAAACAGCUGAUACAUUUAUUGUUAGUGGGAGGGGAACACUUCAUAUCACCAUAUUAAUUGAAAAUAUGAGAAGAGAAGGUUAUGAAUUUAUGGUGGGGCCACCUAAGGUUAUCAAUAAAACCAUAAAUGACAAAUUGCUGGAGCCUUUUGAGAUUGCUACAGUGGAGGUUCCCGAAGAAUAUAUGGGACCGGUUGUUGAACUAUUAGGAAAAAGGCGUGGACAAAUGUUUGAUAUGCAGGGGAUUGGAUCGGAGGGGACAUCACUACUUCAAUACAAAAUCCCUACUUGUGGACUUCUUGGAUUGCGGAAUGCUAUUCUGACAGUUUCUCGAGGCACAGCAGUUUUAAACACAGUGUUUGAUGGCUAUCAACCGUGGGGAGGAGAUAUUAACACCCGUGACCAGGGAUCUUUGGUUGCUUUUGAAGAAGGAACUACUACUUCUUAUGCCCUUUUUAGUGCACAAGAAAGAGGCCAGAUGUUUAUUGGCCCUGGCAUGGAAGUAUAUAAAGGUCAAAUAGUUGGCAUCCAUCAGCGUCCUGGUGAUUUGUCUUUAAAUGUAUGCAAAAAGAAGGCUGCAACUAAUGUACGAUCUAACAAGGAACAGACAGUGGUUCUUGAUACACCAUUAAGCUACAGUCUGGAUGACUGUAUCGAAUACAUCCAAGAAGACGAAUUGGUCGAGGUGACUCCCUUGAGUAUCCGCAUGUGCAAAAACCCAAAGCUUGCUAAGAAAAGGUGAAGGAUCAGGCAGCCAUGCUGUCAAUUCGUCAGAUACUUCUAUUGAUAGCCCAAGGGCAAAGCUUAGCUAGGCAAAUGCACCUCGUCCUAUUGCAACAUACACAAGACCAAUACAAUUUUACACCACCACAAGGCAAUCUUACAUUUAUAUUCUUAGAUUUAUAAAUGACUUCGGAACAUGAUUUUUAUUCGGAGAGAUCUUCCAAGCAAAGCAUACAUCUUUUGCACCUCAAAACAUGAUGUAAAAAUCCCGGCACAUGGAAUUUUCUUGACACUGAAUGCGAGAAAGCACGAUAUGACUCUUGUUGGAUGGAA